GGCGACACAGGGUUCGCCUCUGGUGCGCUCUGUGCGCGACGCCAUGGGUAAUACUGCGUGUUGUCAAACCGAGGCCAUUGAUGGCAGUGAGCCUCCGGUGGACGCCAAGCCGAUCCUCGAUUCGACCUCGCCGGGCAAUACCUUGGCCGGGGGAGACACGGAACAGGAGAGACUCUAUGAGGUCACACUCGUCAAGACCGAUGGUUCAAAGCUAGGUCUCGAUGUGGACUACAUGGCUGAACGAAAGGUUCUACCCAUUAUGCACGUCACCGGAGGUGUGGCUGAAGAAUGGAACCGGCGGAACCCGAUGAAAAAGAUGCACAGUGGAGAUUGCAUCUUGGAAGUGAAUGGCAUAACAGGAAAUGUGGCAGAGAUUCUAGAGAAGUGCAAAGCUGACAGCGUCUUGAACAUGAAGCUUUGCCGCUGCUUGACCUAUGAGUACUUGCUAGAAGAUCUGGAAAAACUCAUCCGACACAAGAACUGUGGGCCCAUUCUGAUCCGUCUUUCAUGGCAUGACGCCGGUGUAUUCAAUGGUGUAGAUGGCUGCCCCAACGCAGCAAUGCGCUUGAAAGAUUCGGCGGAGCACAAGAUGGAUGCGAACGCAGGUUUGCCGCAGAUCGCCCUGAGUCUCUUGGGGCCCAUUGCUGCGAAGUAUGUGCCCAGAUUGAUCUCCCAUGCGGAUUUGUGGGUGGUGGCUGCCAAUGUGGCCAUUAAAACCAUGGGGGGUCCCACCAUCACCACGCGCUACGGCCGCGUGGAUGCCCUAUCGGCCUCGGAGAGUGCGUCCUCCGCCUCAGGGAGACUACCUGAGGCGGAUAAAGAUGAGCAUCAUCUGCGAAGCAUCUUUCAUCCGAAGGGCUUUGAGGACAAGGAAAUUGUAGCACUUUGCGGUGCACACUCCGUUGGUAGCUGCCAUCUUGAACGUUCGGGAUAUGAUGGUGCAUGGACGGACAACAAACUCAAGUUCGACAAUUCUUACUUCAAGGACCUGUUGCACAAGCAGUGGCAAGAAGAGACCAAUAGCAAGGGCAAGAAACAAUUUCGCUGCGGCAGCGCAAUGAUGUUGCCCAGUGACAUGGCUUUGCUGAAAGAUCCCUCCUUAAAGCGCUAUGUGCUGGAAUUUGCUGAAGAUGAGAAUCUGUGGUUUUCGGAAUUCGGAAAGGCAUGGAUACGACUUCAGGAAGCUGGAUGUCAGGAACUUCGAGACAUCCUGUGAGCCGGCUUCGCCCGCUUUAAGCGGCUCUGCCAUGGCACAAUCAUGCCACUCUCCAUCACUCUCCCUAGCUUUGGGUGAGUCUUUACUCUGAUCUAUGAUGGGUAGAAGGAAGGCUUCUUCUUUGGGUAUCACCUUUCAGCUCGCUGCAGCCAGAACACAAGGGUGCGUCUCAAAUUUGUCAUAAUUGGGG